AUGUCUUCCUUCUUUACUCUUCCACCCUCUCGACGGAAGCGGAAGCGAAGGAAUGAGAGCCCGACAAAAGCAAGAAAAAGGCGCGAAGUAGACCAAGCCGGAACACACGACGAACAAGACGACGGGGCCCGUCGAAGGCCGAUACGACCACAGAAAAGAGAUCGAGACGAAUCGAUAUCCGGAAGCGAUUUUGAGGACAAUGGAGAACCUGUGACUGAUGAUGAAUCAGACGCUACUUCGGAGGAGGGCGAGACCGCCGCAGACAGACGUAUGAGGCUUGCGCAGCGAUACCUCGACAACAUCAGACAAGAGAUAGACGAGGUCGGCUUCGAUGCCGAAGACCUUGACAAAGACUUAAUCGCACAAAGAUUGAAGGAAGAUGUUGACGAGGCGAAAGGGAGACAAUACAGGUUGAUUGCCUCAAAUCUGGACUUCGCCAAUGCCACACACUGUGCCUUUCGCGCAGAUACAGAGAGCACUACUGGAGUGGCCGUGUGCCCCCCUUAUGCAUACACCGUGAGCAGAGAUAAAACUUUGAUCAAAUGGCAACUCCAACCACCGGCUUUCCCAACAGACAGUAAAGGUCCCGCAGCGCCCCGAAGGCGGCGACCGAAGCAACUACACUAUGUUAAGGGCAUCAAGAUCAGGGUCCUUGCACCGCAACAGCACGGCCAUACGGGAGCUAUAUUGUCGGUCGCCGCUUCACCGGAUGGAAGGUAUGUGGCUACCGGAGGAGCGGAUAAGAAGUUGAUCAUUUGGUCUGCCGAAGAGUUGAGGCCACUCAAGACAUUCACAACCCACCGAGACGGAGUCACCGGUCUCGCAUUUGCACCAAGUUCGGCAACGCAAUCGGGAUUUGGAGUGCAGCUUUUUAGCGCAAGUAUGGACCGAUCGUUGAAGACAUAUAGCCUAGCUGGCGAGGACAGCCUUGCUUAUGUGGAAACUCUCUUUGGCCACCAGGACCACGUUGUGGAUAUUUCGCCAAUUUCGGUAGAUCAGUGUGUCACGGUCGGAGCCCGAGAUCGAAAAGCCUUGUGGUGGAAAGUGGUGGACGAAUCCCUCACCAAAUUCCUCGGUGACAGUUCCAAAAAUGAGGAGUAUCAGACCGGAAGUUUGGACUGUGUGGCAGCACUGCCUCCACAGAAUUUCGUGACAGGCUCUGACUCGGGAGCAAUCAGUCUCUGGAGUAUGCAUCGAAAGAAGGCCCUCUUUACCAUCCAAACCGCUCAUGGUGUCGACGAGCCACCUCCACUCGAAGAAGUGACGUCGGAAUCGGACCCAGCUGUGAUUCAAAGACUGAAGAAGAAUGAUGGGAGGAGACCUAUAGCAAGAGCCAUAACUGCGUUGGCCGCUGUACCGGGAACAGAUGUUGUCCUGAGCGGGAGCUGGGAUGGAUGGAUUCGAAUAUGGAAGCUGAGUGAUGACAAAAGAUCCUUGUUGCCUCUCGGUACAGUCGGUCGGCCUGGCCAGCGUCCCGAAACUCUGAAUGGGCACGCGAAUGGAGAUUCAAAUUCGACCAGUAUUUCUUCAGCUGCCUCAACAAACUCUGAAGUCACCUCAGGCCCGAUACGAGGCGUCGUCAACUCGCUUGCUGUGUUUGAGAGAAGAAAAGAAAUCGCGAGCGAGCUGGGAGGGACAAAAGAGGGUGGAUGUCAAGGAAUUUGCAUCGUUGCCGGCACGGGGAAGGAGAUGAGGCUAGGACGGUGGAUGAGGAUACCUCACGGCAGAAAUGGGGCAAUGGUGUUUGAAGUACCAUUGCGGAGAGAUGCCAAAUAG